AUGGCUACUCGUAGCAGCAGUUCGACUUCCGAAAUACCCAAGCCAAAUCAAUGGGAGUUCCUGUGGUUCGAGCUUUGUACAGAAUAUUUCCAGUCAGAGAGAAUGCUUAAUUCACGAGAACUCAAAGAUCCGGAGUUGUUGAGAAAGGCGAAAAAGUCAAUUCCAGAAGUCAGGAACUUGAAUAGUGACCAGCUUGCAUGGGCAAAUCUGGAUGGGAGGAGAUAUUGGAUUGCCUACCACAAGAAAUUGCCGAAGUCGCAACAAGAUCCCGAUAGACAGCGUCGUUUGGAAGCCUCUUUCUUUGAACUUGAGCCUGAUGAAGAAAGCCGCACUAGCGUAUCCUCCGAUGAGACGGUACGGGGAGACAUUCAACAUCCUAUUAUAGACGACGACGGCGAUGUUCGCAUUGUUGGAGUCAUUCAUAAGAAGUAA